CAUGUUCCGUUCCUCAUAUCAUCCUUUCAUCACUAUCUAUCUAUCUAUCAUGUCGCUAGCGUUAUCUACUCCAGAUGACUUCCCGGCUUUCCCUUACUCCCCACCUUACCCAAUACAGGCUGACAUGAUGCGUCACCUAUACACAGCGAUAGAGAAGCGUCAGGUUGCCAUCGUAGAGAGUCCUACAGGAACUGGAAAAACUCUCAGUCUUCUGUGCGCAAGCAUGACAUGGCUUUGCGAUGAGAAAGAUCGGGCGAAAAGGGGCAAGCUGAAUGAACUAGAUGUUGGAACAUCAAGUUCGAGUGGAGAAGAUUGGGUCAUUGAGCAAACACGCGAAAGGAUUCGACGAGAUCUCGAAGAUGAAGAACAAGAAUACGAAGCCAGGCUUGCUGAUGCACGGAAAAGAGAGAAAGCAUUGAGGGCGAAAUUGAGUGCACGUGUUACGAAAAAACCGAGAUUGUCUGAGUCUAAUCCAGUGUCAACAGUGGAUGAUGAUGAUGAUUUCCUACCGGAGGACAUAGACGACCAAGAAGACAAUAUCUCACCCGCUGUGCGCGCGCUGAUGGCAAAGUUGGACAACCGUCCCCAACAACCGUCGGAUACACCGACGUGCACCAAGGUUUACUAUGCCUCAAGGACCCACUCGCAACUCACACAGGUGCUGCCUGAGCUUCAACGCCUUAAUCUACGUCAUGUUUCGCAUUUCCCCCCUCCCGAAGAUUCACCUGGACGUACAGCAACCAAGCGGAAAUUUCACGAGAAUGGCGGCGAGAAUGAACCGCCUGCUCGGACCGUCGCUUUGGGCUCAAGAAAACAUCUUUGCAUAAAUGAAGACCUGCGCUCGAGAGCAGCUGACCUCGACGAAGCAUGUCGCGAGUUACUUGGAGAGACAACAGCAAGGCGUUGCCCUCACCUACCUUCUGUAAUGGAUGAUCAUCUCAUGAAUGAAUUCAGAGAUCAAAUAUUGGCCAGUCCCAAAGACAUUGAGGAUUUAGCCAAUGCUGGUCGACUGUCAAACGUUUGCCCAUAUUUUGGAUCUCGAAGAGCCAUACGACAGGCAGAGCUCGUAACUCUCCCGUACAAUCUCCUUCUACAGAAAAGCUCUCGUGAAGCGCUGGGUAUCGACCUAACGAAUCAAGUGGUAAUCAUUGACGAGGCACACAAUCUAAUAUCAACUCUUCUUUCCCUUUCAACCACUCGUUUGACAUUCAGAACACUUCAAACCUCUCUCUAUCAAGUCGGAAUUUAUGUCUCCAAAUUUCGUAACAGACUAUCUCCUCAAAACUUGCUUCAUCUCAAAAAACUCGCCGUCUUUCUCGAUAGCCUCAAAAGGUAUGUGGUAGAGUGGCAACAACAAGCCAUCAAUCAACCACAGAAGGCCGAGGUCCUGACUGCUGCCGAACUUCUCGAACGACUCGGGAAGCGCGUUGUUGGGCUGAAUAUGUUAGCUAUUGAGAAGUACCUAAAAGCAAGCAAGAUCGCUCGGAAGAUAGCUGGAUAUGCCGAAAGACAAGCUGAGAAGGAGCUUGGCGACGGAGGAUCCUCGUCUCGAAACCGCCGGUCUAGAAAGGGGGCAGUGCCUCCGUUGCAUGCUAUUGAGGAUCUGCUCUUGUCGAUAGCAGGGGCUGCAGAAGAUGGGCGAAUCAGUCUUGCUUUAGAUGGACCAAAAGGCCAGGAAGAAGCUGUGAUUAAAUAUCAGCUUCUCAACCCAGCUCCCCACUUCCGAGAGGUAGUCGAUGAAGCUCGAUCGGUGAUACUUGCUGGAGGUACAAUGUCCCCAAUGGCAGAUAUCGUGAACCAACUAUUCUCUCACGUGCCUCCAGAGAGAAUAACCACAUUUUCCUGUGGACACAUCAUCCCUUCUGCCAACCUCUUGACACUAGCAGUAAUGAAAGGUCCUCGCGGAAAUGAGCUCGAAUAUAAAGCCAGUCGUCAGACAGACCCUAGUGCGAUCGAUGAGCUCGGCCAAAUAAUUCUAAACUUCAGUCAUCAAAUUCCGGCAGGAAUGGUCGUCUUUUUUCCGUCUUACGCCUUCUUGAAUAGAUGCAGAGAAACAUGGCAAACAAACAAGAUACUAGACAAAUUUGCCUCGAAGAAAAGGGUAUUUUUCGAACCCGAUGACAAUACGCAUGUUGAAUCUGUUCUUCAACAGUACUCAGUUGCUGCCCGGUCUCCUCCUACAGAAUCAAAGGUCAAGGGUGCAUUACUUUUCGCAGUCGUAGGGGCAAAGCUAUCUGAAGGGCUCAAUUUCUCAGAUGACUUGGCACGGGCUGUGAUCAUUGUCGGCCUGCCUUUCGCAAACUUGGGUUCUGCAGAAUUACAAGAGCGUAUGAAAUAUGUCAAACGACUGGAAGAGAAAACAGGCCCGCCGACUAGGCUGCCGGGGGUCAAAGAUGCUGCAGCUGAAUUGUACGAGAAUAUGUGUAUGAACGCAGUGAAUCAGAGUAUCGGACGAGCUAUCAGGCAUAAAGGGGAUUGGGCAGCACUGCUCCUUCUUGAUAAGAGAUAUGCAACGGCUUCAAUCAGCAAGAAGUUGCCUGGUUGGAUCAGCGGUGAGCUGAAGGUGGCGCAGACCUUUGGGCAAGCUGUAAAAGAACUGGGUACCUUCUAUAGAAACAAGAAGCAAUGAUGGCGGAACUCAUGCCUGGUUAAUCUUUGAAGUCUCAAGUAUUCUGCCAUGCAUUCGGAGCUUCCCAUAUGAAUGAUUCCCAA